AUGCAUCACGAUGGCUGGCCCUUGCCAGAAUCUGUAGAUUACGUCCUACGGUCGACUGCCUCAGCUGGGCGCGCCAUCUUUGCCCGGAGAAACAUCAAGCCUGGCACGCAUAUUUUGUCUACAACGGAGAAAUAUGAGCAGCUACGGUCCCCAACAGUGCAUGUCAUCCUAAGGCCUUAUCGCCGUGAAGUCUGCGCACAGUGUUUUGCAUAUGAUCGAGGUCGGGAGUGGAAAUGUCGCCUCCCAGACGCCGGUGUUGCUUUCUGUUCCGUUGAAUGCCGGCAGCAAUGGGAAAGUGUAAUCGGCCCCUUGGGUCUAGCUGCACAUCAGGCGAUCGAAACCACGAUCAAGAAGCAGUCAAAAUGGAAGAAGACCACACAGGAUAGUACUCCUAUGACAACGGCUGUCGAUUCUCCAGAUCUUGAUUUCGAUGCGGCAUGGCAAGCUGCCGGUGUCGUUGGCAAGCAAAUCGUGGCUGCCAGAACUAAGGAGAAGCCAUCGAAAACGGAGCAGCGUUAUCUGAGAGAGGCUGAAAGUGCUCCUGCAGACCCUGAUUUCCUUGCAUAUCUUCUCUCUGGCGUUUUGGUAACACACAAGCGGUCCGCUGCACCUGCUAUGGUUGGCAAAGACGCGGACGAACCGUCAGAUGAGUCUAGUAUUCCGGGUACGGACAUGGUGUCAGAACUAUUCCCCGAUCUUAUGGCCCUCGCGAGCGACUCGUCGGUCUACACUGGAGACUCCCCAUUAUCGUCGUGGACUAAGGCUUACAAACUACUCCUCGCCAUUCUACCUAUUCCACUACUCGAUUUUCUUCGACCAGCAAUCUGCCACGAGCUGGCGUCUCGGGCGUCCCAUAACGCCUUCUCGAUCCGACCAGCAGGUGGCUCAGACGGGGAGCAGAGUGGCGAGUUCCUUGGCUGGGGCGUCUGGCCUGAAGCGUCGUUCUUCAACCACUCGUGCCGUCCGAAUGUAAGGAAAGAGCGUGUUGGACGGAUCUGGACGUUUGCCGUGAGCGAAGAUAUUACGGGUGAUGUGCUGCGUGAAGGUGAGGAGCUUUGCAUCACAUAUCUUGGAGGCGACGAGAAGGACCUGGAUGUGGAGGAAAGGAGAAAGAAGCUGAAGGGUGAGUGGGGAUUUGAUUGCCAAUGCCAGAAGUGCGUGGAGGAGUUGCAUGAUUUGCCACUAAGCGCAAUACUACACGAAAGAUCCUGA